AUGCCGCUUGUCAAGGGAAAAAACCCUCAGCUUUCCCCAUCGUCUCUUCCCCUUUUCCUUCUAGGGGUUUUGCCUCGCACCGGAGAAGAACGGCGGUCGAUUUCGUCCCCUACAUUCCCCAAAAAUGGCGACCCAGAUGAGCAAAAAGCGAAAGUUCGUCGCGGAUGGUGUCUUCUUUGCGGAGUUGAACGAGGUCUUGACGAGGGAGCUUGCCGAGGAUGGGUACUCCGGCGUUGAGGUUAGGGUUACGCCGAUGCGGACCGAGAUCAUCAUCCGGGCGACGCGGACCCAGAACGUUCUCGGUGAGAAGGGGAGGAGGAUUAGGGAGCUGACGUCGGUGGUGCAGAAAAGAUUCAACUUUCCGGAGAACAGCGUCGAGCUGUACGCCGAGAAGGUGAACAACAGGGGGCUCUGUGCCAUCGCUCAGGCCGAGUCGCUCCGCUACAAGCUUCUUGGAGGCCUUGCAGUUCGGAGGGCCUGUUAUGGUGUCUUGAGGUUUGUCAUGGAGAGUGGUGCCAAAGGUUGUGAGGUAAUUGUUAGCGGGAAGCUAAGGGCACAACGUGCUAAAUCCAUGAAGUUUAAGGAUGGUUACAUGAUUUCUUCUGGUCAGCCGGUCAAUGAGUAUAUCGACUCAGCAGUGAGGCAUGUUCUUCUUAGACAGGGUGUUCUCGGGAUCAAGGUCAAGAUCAUGCUGGAUUGGGAUCCAAAGGGGAAGCAGGGACCUGCAACACCUCUGCCAGAUUUGGUUACCAUUCACACGCCAAAGGAUGAGGAGGAGUGCAUCAGGCCACCACUAAUGGUGGCCCCGGAGUUGGAGGUUCCAGUUGCAGUCUGAUCCUUGCUUGGCCCCUUUUGUUCAUUUGGCUGGGGGGUUGUUCUUGUCCACUUGUUGAGUUGAUGCUCUUGAGAAGAGUUUUCAGAAUCUUUUUUGGGUAGUUUUUCUAGUUUCCUUUGAAAGUAUCAUAGAGCAUGUUAUUAACUAAGAGCUUGUUUUGGGACAACAAUUUUUCAAUCUACUCUAUGCUAGUUGUCACCGAUGAAUCUCAUUGUGUUGUCAUUUUUUGAAGUUCAACUCUAUUCAUGGUCGAUUCUAUUUGGUUUUAAACCAUCAGAAAAUAGUUUCAGGGCUA